AUGGUAGACGUGGAUGGCGCAACUCGACGUGCAACGGCUAUUGCCGAGCGGACAGGGCCUUGCUCAGCGCCAUUCGCAAAGGGAGGUCGUGGGAUGCCGAGGCUCGACUGCCAGUAUGGGGGCAUGAAGCGCUGCAAAGACGUGAUUGUUGUCCGAUUGCGCAACUGCAACCAAGAGACCUCUGCAAGUCGCCGUUCGUCAACGAAGCUCAAGCUUCAUAUCCUUUCAUUUGUCGACGCUCGUCGCCAUCGCAGAUCACGGAUCAUGCUCGCCUCUCCAUCCGCACACAGUCGCUCCAGUCGUUCCGACGACGAGAGCAUCAGGACUUCCGACUCGUCCAUCAAGACUCCCGACUCGUCCGUCAUCGCCAUCUCUCCCCGCGCGGAGCGGCACGUAAAAAUGUCGAACGAAUACCUGUACAUGUUUCCCCCCGUACCCGCUCCGCGCGCUACCGGUGCGGCUUUGCGCGAUUUCAACCUACCCAAACCCGUCCCGAUGGAUCUGGGUGUGAUCGACGAUGACGCCAUGGAGGCUGCCUGGGAGGACGGAAGCUGUGUCGAUGGAUCCUCUCCUCGAUUGAAGCAGGGAGGAAGUUUCAGCGAAUCAGUAUCCGAAGAUCGAUUCGAGGUGGACGCCUUGAAAAGGCAGGUGCAGCAGUUGCAGAUGGCGUUGCAGUUGCAAGGUCAGCAGCUGGCGUAUGUCGAAUCGCAACACGGUCAUCAGCGUUUUGCCCCACAGCGACCUCCCAAAGCGACAUCUCGUCCCAGAGCGUUUCCGGCACAACCGCCUCCGCCCGCUGCAGCUCUGCCACGUCCCACCCAUGCCCAACAAUCGCACACGGCUGAUUCACUGCUGCAUCAUUACACACAACAAGGUCCAGCGGUAGCGCAUCCCUACGCCGACGUAAAUCGUCAACGCCCCUUCUCCUCCCCGCAACCCAGUGUCGAUUCCGACAAGCUCGAACACAUCGACCGCAAGCUCGCAGUGCUCGAACAGCUUAUCGAAGCGAUGAAUGUCCAAGCCCACUCCAAUCCUUCUCUCCCGCCUUCUCGUCCAACGACCGCAACAGCAGCACCGCAACAACGCGCUCCGCAACCCACACCCUCACCGGUCCCCGCAACCCCAUCUCUCAGACCUAAACUCUCCUCCAUCCUCGGGCUCAAGAAACCCGCUUCCACCAACACCCUCACCUACACCCACCGCAACAGCAUCAGCGCCAUCAGUCUCGGCGGCCAAUCCUGCGAGUCCCAAACAACCAGCACGGCUAGAGUCAGUUGGAGUCGUAAGAGGACCGAGAGGGUAGAGCAGCCCAAGGUCAAGGUCAGGCAAGGCCCGGGUCGUGGGCGGAUUACGAUUCGUGAACCAGUGGUUUAG